GCGUCGUCUUUGGUCUAGUCUCCCAAUCAUUUGUCGACGCUCAUAACCUCGCAAAUCAAAACGUAAUCGAAGCGUUGAAAAGUUAAAGUUUAUUUGGACAUAAUAAAUCGAUCAUUAUUUAAAAAUGGAUGUCCAGAAACUGUCAGUCCACACAUUGGUAUUCCGUUCCUUGAAACGUUCUCACGACCUAUUUCUCCAUGACUACGGAUCCCUUCCGCCUCUGGACGAAGCCGUUGAGAACCAGAAGAAGGCAAUAAAAGCACGAGACUCGUAUGGCCCGAUAAUGGAUCGAGUCAAGCAGAACAUUCAGGCAAAGCCUCGACCCUCUGACAACGAUCCUGCAGACCCUCCACCCCCUGGAGACGAGUCAUUCACAGCCUGUGAUAGCACCUCCCUUGGACCUUACGCCCCACCAUCAAUUCCAGUCACUUCAGCAGUCGUUCCAGCCAAUCCACCAAUGAAUGCAGUGACUUUACCCAUUAAAAAGGCUCCCACGAUGGCCAAACCUAAAUGGCACGCUCCCUGGAAGUUGUACCGAGUCAUCAGCGGACAUCUGGGAUGGGUUCGCUGUUGUGCGGUGGAACCUGGUAAUGAAUGGUUUGCCACAGGAUCUGGGGAUAGAGUGAUAAAAAUCUGGGAUCUCGCUAGUGGAAUCCUGAAAGUCUCCCUGACUGGACACAUCAGUAGUGUCAGGGGUUUAGCAGUCUCUCAUAGGCACCCGUAUUUAUUUUCAUGUGGUGAAGAUAGACAGGUGAAAUGCUGGGAUUUAGAAUACAAUAAAGUAAUUCGUCAUUAUCAUGGACAUCUGUCAGCCGUCUACUCCAUGGCACUUCACCCAACAAUCGACGUCCUGGUGACAGCUGGUCGAGACUCCACAGGACGAGUCUGGGACAUGCGAACAAAAGCAAAUGUUCACACUCUAGUGGGGCACACAAAUACCGUCGCGAGUGUUAUCUGUCAGGCAUCCGAGCCCCAGAUAAUCACUGGAAGUCACGACUGCACUAUCAGAUUGUGGGAUCUGGCUGCUGGUAGGACCAGGGUGACCCUAACGAAUCACAAAAAGAGUGUGCGAUCAGUCUGCUUUCAUCCUACGCAAAAUAUGUUCGCUUCGGCUUCCCCCGACAACAUCAAACAGUGGAAAUGUCCUGAUGGCACGUACAUUCAGAAUUUAUCUGGACACAAUGCUAUCGUCAAUUGUCUUGCUGUUAAUGAGGAUGGAGUACUGGUCUCGGGAGCUGAUAAUGGCACGAUGCACCUCUGGGACUGGAGGACUGGGUAUAACUUCCAGAGACUGCAGGCCCCUGUACAGCCUGGGUCCAUGGACAGUGAGGGGGGCAUCUUCAGCAUUACGUUUGAUAUGUCUGGGACUAGGAUGAUCACCACUGAAGCGGAUAAAACGAUCAAGAUUUAUAAGGAGGACGAUACUGCCAACGAGGAGACACAUCCGGUCAAUUGGAGACCAGAUAUCAUUAAGCGAAGAAAAUAUUAAUCCAUAAGACAUUUCUUUAGAGUAUUUCGGAUGUGAAUGUACAUAUAUAAUUGUAAAUAAUUUUAUAAAUAUAAGGGAUUUUUAUAAAGUA